UAGAAAAAAUUUUUUGUUUUGUUUUUAUACAUAUAAUUGUAUUGAUAAAGAAAAAAAUCAUUCGAUACAAAAUAUACUGUUGAGAUGAAACGUUUAGAACGUUUAGGUAGUGUUGCUUUUUUCACAGUAACAGCAAGUUUAGUAUUUCAUCUUCUUGGAAUAUCAUAUGAUCGUUGGAAAGUAAAUAUAUGUCGUAAUUGUGAUAUUAUCACUCCUUUAUCAUCAUGGACAACAUCAAUACGUCAACGUUGUUAUGAUGCCGAAGUCGGAUCAAUUUUUUUAUCUAAUGAUUCAACUUCUUAUAUUCCUUCAAAUUCAUUUCUAACACAAGUUUGUAUUCCAAAUCAAUAUUUAAUGGUCAACGAUCCAAUUGAAGCAUUAAAUUGUCUUAUUAAAGCUAAUAAACAACCUGAUUUUGUCUGUUUAAGUAGAUAUCGUGGACAAAAUUGUAAAUGCGAGUAA